UAGUCGUAAGAGACGUAUUUCCGGUUUAGUAGGUCGCAACUGUAGUUGUAAGCGAAAUGAACCAUUUCCAUUUCGGUACUGCCUACGGCUUACGGCAAGCAAUGCCGGCUGCAGAUAUUUGUCGCGCGCGACACGCGAUAUCCAAUGAGCGUAUUGCAAGCCAAAUUUUGCAAGCAGAUAAACCACGAACAGCUCCAUGGGACGUCAGCCUGUGAUAAGUGAAUUUUGAUAUGCAGCUUGGAUAAUCAUUUAAUAUUAAAAUAGCGCCAUGUCUGACGAAGAAAUUUUUGAUGAUGAUAUAAUAAAUAAUCUAGAGGAUGAUGACGAUGAACAUGAUACGGUAUUGCAACAAGAGCUUAUCGCUCUUGUCAAAGCGAAUCCCGCUCUAUAUGCAAAAAAUUGGAAGGAAUAUGCUGGUAAAGAUUUUUGUAGAGACUUAGCUUGGGAGAGCAUUGGAUUUCAUUUAUCAAAACAAAUGUCAGGAAAAGAUGCUACCAAAAUAUGGUAUAAUAUUCGUCAGCGAUUUGGUAGGGAAGGAAAGGCGGAAAGUAGCAAUAGCUCUCAAAGGGAAAUCUGGGCAAGGAGCAAAGCCUCCAUAGUGCCGAAAUGGAAAUUUUACGAUCUCUGUUCAUUCUUGGUGGAUCAUAUCAUGCCUCGCAAAACUGUCAGUAAUUAUUCAUUAAAGAAGAUUGUGAAUAAGACCACGACUGAAAAAAAUUCCUAUUCCCCUCUCCUUAUUUUACCUUCAUCAACAUCAUCUUCACUAUCAAGAUCAACACCAUCUCCACAAAUACUACUUCGACAAGCACCGUCUCCACAAGCACCGUCUCCACAAGCACCGUCUCCACAAAUACUACUUCGACAAGCACCGUCUCCACAAACACCGUCUCCACAAACAUCAGUGCUUUUGUCUCCAUCAAGUAUAUGGUCUAUGAGUGAUUUGGAGUUUAGCAAUGAUGCAUCUAUGUGCUCGAUUGAGAAUAACAUGGAAAAAGAAGGUUUUAUACAUACAUCUACAUUAUCCAGUAACCUCAAUGUGGAAGAAUGUUCUUCUGCAGCAGUUAAUGCACCAAAAGAAGUGCUGAAAUCAAUGCAGAGGAUAUCAACAAAAAGAACUAUUCCAGAACCUGAUAACUUUGUUAAACGCAAGAAGAAAGAGGAUGAAAUAUUUAUGCAAGCUAUAACCAAGCAGUCAACAGCCUUGACCUCUUUUGCUAAAAAAAUAGGGGAGUGACAAAUUCAAGUCAAUGUAAUUCUAAUCAAUCAUUGGAAUCAUCUGUGAAUGAUCCAGUCUUAGCUGCCAUUGCAUUUGCUCUUAAAUAUGUAUCUGAAGAAAAACGU